GAAUAAAAAUUAUUAUUAAACUCUACGUAUCUAAAUCUAAACGCUAAAGCAAUGCGAGAUUAUUUUGUUUUAAUUUCAAGUGUUUUCGAGCAUUUUAUAAAACAUAUUAAUAUGAAAAGUAAGAAUUGAAAAUAUUAAAUGUGUCUAUCACUUAUUACAAUUAAUUAUAACGCUAUGAGCUCAUUUUUGAAUCUAGUGAAUUUCGUAGCUUUAAUCAAAUUUAUUUAUGCUGAUGAUUACGAUAGUUUAGAUAGUGAUGAAAAACUCUAUAUGCUCGUGUCGCCGGACCAGCACGACGAAACGCCUCGUCUGGAGGACUUCUUCUGGACCGGGUCUGGUGACGGCCCCCCUCCCCCUCCUGAUACCCCGCUGGCACCGGCACAGCCCUCCACUCCAAUUAUCAGGACCACCACCGUGCUGGCUACAGUGUAUCUGGAUUCAUACCCACCUCAGGCGGUCACAGACAAAACGACAGGGGAAUGCGUCCUCAACUGCGGAGACUUAGUUCCAGACAGCUUGGAGCCGGAGAUACCUGAAGACAGGAGGUACUGGCUACUCACCGUCAUCCAGGGCUCCACGCCCGACAGCCUGCAACUGAAGCUAGCUAGGCUGUAUCAGAAAGCAUUCUUGAGACAACAGGAACGCCACCUCGGCAUCAUAAAAUCGUUAGACGCACCACCAGCCAGAAAGAAGCAUGACGUUCAUUCAUUUGUUGUUAACAAAGACAAUAACAUUAAUCCAGACAGCUCACACAGUGCUAACACAGCUUUCAAAUACUUCGAGUUACAUAGCUCCAUCGUUCCUCUAAACACACUAGAGAGCAUAGAAUCAUCUAAAAACAGAUCAUCAACGAACAUAGAUAAUAUUGAAAUAUUUUCUAGUAAAACAGACUCUUCAACUGCUGAAAUAAGGACUACAAAGAUAAACGAAGUUGAAUCGUGGAUAUUAGUAAAUCCAACAGUGUUGGUUAGGAAGAGAGAUGUGACAGAUAGUGAGGAUAAAGAAGAAAUCGAUGAAGACAAAGAAGAAAUGAUUGACAUCCCUCUUGAAUCUGAUUCCAAUAACACGCAACUGUUCAAGAGAGAGAUCAUUAAGCCAGAUCAACAGCCACCGGUGCAAGUUCAUAUUCAAAAUAUAACCGAGUCUCCGGAAACUGGAAGCGUCCAGAUAGUCUACGUAGUGUUAGUGGGGGGCAGGGCGGUGCCGGCAGCUGUGGCUGCCAGAGACAUGAGGUUGGUGAGAGACGCGGAGGUGGCACACGAGCUGGGAGCCGUGGUCACAACCAAGGCUGAGCCAGCGUACCUGAAGACGGCCGAGGGUCUGGAGGGGCAGACGGCGGCGGGUGGGGUGCACGGCACCGAACUUUGGGCCCUCGCGGUCGGCUCCACCAUCGCUGUGCUGCUACUGCUUGUGUUACUGACGCUAAUGUGUCUUGCUCACAGGAAAAAAGCAAUGAAAUCGGCAGCAUCAUUGCGUGCGUAUCGAAAUGAGCUGAUGAGGGAAGCUGAGAGGAAUCAACUGAAACAAGUGCACGAGGAAAAAGAUGGCCGGCUAAUCAGCGUGGUGUCUCCAAGUAGAACGAGACCAAGCAGCACAUUGCUGCCUGUUUAUAGAGCGGAUAGCGCUAGUUCAUCAUCAAGUUCUUCCGGUGUAUCAGAAGUGGCAGCAGCAUUGAGAAGAAGACAGAAGAAACCUCAUGCCCUCAGGAUGCCUCAGAAGAAAAGAGUGGGAACGACCGACAGUCUUCUAGAAGCAGCUGGUCUGGACAGUUCGGACAGCGGCCAGCCUUCAGCCCCGCACACACCGACCUCUUACCUCUCAAUGCCUUCCGUCAACUCCUUCCCACGGGGCAACGUAGUGGAGCCCCUGUCCCGUAUCCUGGAGCCCGUGUCCGUGCGUCACCUGGACGUGGAGUCGCCGGCCUCCAGCCCUCGGACACGGCCGCGGGACGCCGUGCCGCGCCGGCAGAUGGCGUCGCAGCUGGUGCGCCUGGGCAGCAUUGACAAAGACCCAGGAGUCAUCGGACCGUUGGUUUGGGACUUACACUGCCAGAGGAUAAAAGAUGCAUCGAAACCAUCGAGUCCAGCUAAAUCGGCCACGCCCAAGGAGCUCUCGUCAAGAAAGGAUGCUGGUCCGUCGCGCAUGAGACAGAGAUUCAACGAGCUCGUGGAUGAUGCAUUUACUUUAUUCGGCAGUGCUGCGUCUAGCCCCAACUCACAGGACACAUACACUGUCGACACUCAUAAUAAGGAAAAGAAACGAGUCGCGGCGCCGCCACCGGGCGCGCUAGCGCAGGCGCGCAACGACAACGUGCGGCUCCCUGGAUCGCCUUACACCGCGCUCGACACGCUGCGUGGCCGCUCCGCGCAACCGCGAGCCGGCGGCAGCAGCUCAGCGGCAGCGGGCCGGCCGCGCACGCCGCGGUCGCGGCCGCCGGCGCCAGCCUGGCCGCAAGUGAGCAGCGAUGAUAGCACGCACACACUUCCCUCACGUCACAGGGCGCAGCGCCGACCGUGAACCCCGCGCUGGUCGCGGCGGAGGGCAGGCUGCCGGCGGACGACCCGGCUCUGCCUGUCAUCACAGCCAUCAAGGAUGAAAUCCAACGAAUCAGGGAACACGCCAAACAUAACCCUAACACGUAGACUGUAGAGUUUAGUAUCCAAUCCAAUGACACUUUUUGCAAGUGUUGCCAUUAUUUAGGUGGAAAGUUAAUGGUGAGGUACAGCUUGACCUUAAUUACACCAUAAAAUUAAAGUGGAACAAAUUUUUUUCCAUACAAAAUUGUUGCCAUACUUCAGCAUUUUACGUCAAAAAUGUGACAGCUAUGAAGAAUCUAGCGUCCUCAUUUUUAUUAUCUUUAUAUGGUCAAGCUGUAAAAUACCACAAUUUUUUUUUAAAUUUUUCUUCGGCUACUACGAUGUCGGUAACAGACGGACGCAAAGACGUAAUGAAAUGAUAAAGGUUCCUUGUUUACUUCUAACCCUGAAAACGAGGAAUGUUGAAUCUUAAAAAAUAACCAUAGAUAAAAGAAAUAUAUGAAUUAACCUAUUGUGUAUAGAGGCACUUUUUUGCAAAAAUAUCCCAUUCGUCUGCUGGGGUGGCGAGCGGGAACUUCUGCAGUAAUACCUUCGAAAUAGGAGAUCGAUAUCUGAGUAUCGAUCUUAUUCAAUGUACAAGUUUCUCAUUUUUGGUAGGUUUAUAAAUGCUCAUAAUUAAGUUGUAGAUAAGUCAUGUUAUGUUUUUGUUUAUUUUGUAAAGUACCUUUCUAGAAUGUUCGUUUACGCAUGAAUUACAUGGUACAAACCACCUAAGAAAAUGCGAUCGGUAUAUGAAGCAGUAGACUACAAAACUCUAUAUGCAGAAAUGGAAUCAUAUGAUUUGAAAAACAUAGCAAAUAAAUACGAAGAUCUUGACGAUAAACUGAAGCAAUGCAUAUCACACAACAGAGUAAUAAAAACGAAAAUACUGAACCCUCCUAAAGAGGACUGGAUCAACGGUGAUAUUGUUACUGCCAUCAGUCAAAGAAAUUUUUUAUGGAGGCAACAUAAAGAUUCCCCUGGAAACAAAAGUCUGGAAGAGAAUUUCAAUCAAAAAAGGGACACAGUAGCUAAAUUAAUCUCAGGUACAAAAAAAUCUUAUUAUCUAAAAUUGUUUUCAAACUGUUCACGAAAUCCCAAAAAAACCUGGUCUCUUAUCAACGAUCUAGCUAAAAACAAACUUAAUCAGGGCAGUUCUUGUCCAAAACUCUUAGUAGAUUCUAAAGAAAUUACCGAUAAAGCGGAAUUAUGUGAGGUUUUUAACGCAUACUUUUCCACCAUAGGCUCCAUAUUAGCAGAACAAAUACCUGAUAAAUAUCAUAAUAGCGAAUACAACCCUGUUAUAUUGCCACAAAAUACGAAUGGACAUGAGUUGCUUGCCUUUCCUCCAUGCGAUGCUAAAGAUGUAAAAGCGAUUAUUCAAAACCUUGACCCAAAUUCUAGUUGUGGAAUAGAUAAAAUCAGUAUAAAAAUUAUAAAAUGCUUGCAAGACCUAAUUUCAGAACCCUUGUCGCGUUGUUUCAAUAAGUUGAUGAUCGAUGGUGUAUUUCCUGAUACCUUAAAGAUUGCGAAAGUAACACCUAUCUUUAAGUCUGGGGCCAUAAACGACCCAGGCAAUUACCGCCCGAUCUCUGUAUUGCCGGUCAUAUCUAAAAUACUAGAAAAACUAUUAUAUAAUCAUUUGCUAAAUUAUCUUGACACUCUCGACUUCCUGUCACCUCGACAAUACGGUUUCCGGCCGAAAAGCAACACGACAGCAGCUAUAAUCGAUCUGGUAACAAAGAUAAAAGCUAACUUGGACCAGAAAAAGUCUGUUUUGGGUGUUUUUAUUGACCUAAAAAAGGCUUUUGAUACGGUUAGUCACAAUUUACUAUUACAAAAGUUAGAAUGCAUUGGUAUAAAUGGCGUUGCUCUUAAAAUGUUCAAAUCGUAUCUAACAAAUAGGGCACAAAUAGUUCAAAUUGAUAAUACUCAAAGUACGGCUCGAUUCAUUACCCAUGGCGUCCCACAGGGUUCCAUAUUAGGACCACUUUUGUUCCUCAUUUAUAUAAAUGAUAUUCCAAAAUUGGGUCUUCAUGGUCAUGUAACCUUGUAUGCGGACGAUACAUGUCUAUUUUAUAUAGGUAACAGUUUAAAUGAAACUACAACACAAGCUCAACAGGAUCUUGAUAAGUUGUUCGAAUGGUUUCAGUUCAAUUUAUUAACCAUCAAUAUUUCUAAAACAAGUUAUAUUAUAUUCAAGACAAAAAAUAAAACAAUCCCCCCCCAUAACUCUCUAAAAAUUAAUGAUACAUUUAUUGAACAGAAAGCUCACGAGAAAUAUCUUGGCCUUAGACUUGAUAAUCAUUUAAGAUGGGAUAAACAAAUUUCAUACAUAAAAAAUAAGUUAGCUUCACUUACAGGGUCACUCCGUAGUAUAAAUGAAUGUGUUCCUAGAAAACUCAAGUACAAUAUAUACAACUCGCUCGUAAAGUCCCAUUUGUUAUAUUUAAUAGAAAUAUGGGGUACUGCCGCCAAGACCGGAUUACAAGAACUACAAAGAGCCCAAAACAAAGUAAUAAAAGCACUAUUCUGCUAUCCCUACUCAACAUCCACCACAAAGAUUUUUAAAGAAACAAAAUUAAUGAACAUUCAACAACUUUAUCGUUAUAAUACUUGCAUUCUAAUUAGGAAGAUACUAAAUAAAAACAUGCACACUAGUUUAUCGUUUACCCAAAAAUCACAACUUACUAAACGCAAAUUACGUAGACCAAGUUUACUUGUAUUACCAAAGAUACGUACCAAGUUGGCGAAAAAAAGCAUCACUUUUGAAGGAGCACUCUUGUACAACAAAUUACCCUCUAAUAUAAAAAACGCGGAGUCCUUUCAAUGUUUCAAAUCACAGCUACACGAUUAUAUUAUUCAAAUAUAACUGUUGCUAUUUAUCCUGAAUAAAAUAAAUGUAUAUCGUUGAUAAAUACUUGUAUAAUAAUAAACCUACAUUGACAUAAGGGAAUAAUAAGAUUUUCUGUACCUUUUGUUUGCCCAUUGUCUAAAAUGUUAAUGCGGUGACUGCAUCCUAGUUUAGUUUAAGUAUUGUUAAUUCUGUUCUCAUGUAAGUGGAUUUAAUGUAAUCUUUUUAUGAGAAUAAAUUCUUUAAACC